UGGCAGUCUACAAGCAUGGAGCCUGCACAAGAGCCACAGGAGCUGGGACCUCAGACAGAAAUGAUUGCAGACACAAUUCUUGAGGUUGGAGAGAGACUUUUCCAGGUCAGCCGUAGGGUGCUUUCAGUACACAGUCGAUAUUUUGAAGCCAUGUUUUUUGGAGGAGCGAAAGAGAGCUCUGAACAGCACAUAGUGAUCAAAGGGAUCGAUGCAGUGCCUUUUCAGGCACUACUUGAGUUCACUCGCACAGCCCAAGUGCUUAUAGGUCAAGAAAAUGUGACCAGCUUACUGGAAACAGCUGAUUUUUUUCAGUUUGACAGGGUGAAGCUGUUGUGUGAGAAAUUUCUGGAGAGAGAACUGCAUGUUUCUAACUGCCUGGGCCUGAUGACGUACUCACAGCAAUUUGCCUUUACAGAGUUGUAUGUGUCUGCUAUGAAUGUGGCUCUCACUCACUGGGGGGAUGUGAUAUACCAGGAAGAAUUUAAGACAUUACCCAAGGAAAUGCUGAUGCAGCUCCUGAAAAGUGAUGACCUCUUCAUUUCAAGAGAGGAUAUGGUUUUUGACAGUAUUAUGAUUUGGAUAAUGGAGGACCCAGCAACUAGAGAGGAAGAAUUUCUGGAUUUGGUGGGCGAAGUCAGGGUCACUUUUCUGAGUUUGUCCUUCCUCGAUACCUUGGUGAAACGCAGCAAGUGUGCUGGAGAGACAGAUACCUUUUCCAGACUAAUAAAGAAGUUAGACAGCUGUCCCCCACCCAGCUGGGAAAAUCCGAAACUGUGUCCUUAUGCUGGUCGGAGCUAUGACACCUUAUAUGUCCUAGGAGGAAAGCAUGACAAGGAACAGCAAGAAUUAUUUCUCUUUCAACCUAAAACAGGGACCUGGCAGGCUUGUUCUCCGCUGCAGCGCAGGAACCUCACCCAGUAUGGAGUGGCAGCAGUAGGGAGCUUCCUUUUUGUGACAGGAGGAUAUUUCCGGGAUGAGUUUGUGUGGUACAGUGUGGAUUGGGUGCUUAUCUACAACUGCUUGGACAAUUGCUGGCUGGAAGGGCCAGCCAUGAAGAAGUCCCGCAAUAGCCACUGUGCAGUAGGAGUAGGGCUCUAUGUGUAUGUUCUCGGAGGGAGCACAGAUGAAGGGAUAAUCGCAGCAGUGGAGCGCAUGGCUUUGAUGGACUCCGAGUGGGAAAGCAUGAGUCCUAUGGCUCAGCCUGUGGAGAGAGGCGACGCGGUCAGUGUGGGAACUAGGAUCUAUGUGGUCUGUGGCCUGGAUGAGAAUGGACAUGUAUAUGAUGGAGUGCAAAGGUUGAACACAGAGACAGACAGCUGGGAUGUCAUCUCAUUCUCCCCUCUUCCAAGGUAUGACCUCUGCAUCACAUCCCUGAAUGGGGCUCUGUACACUGUAGGAGGGGGAGCUUUUCGAUUUGAUGUGGAGACAGAUGAAUGGACCGAGGUGAAUGAGGAAUGCUUGACCCAGAAAUUCUUCAUGGGAUGCAGCACCGUGAAUGGACAAAUUUAUCUCCUUGGACAGAGGAAGGGAAACAGUGCCAUCCCCACUGUAGUUCUCUUUGAUCCCUACAUUGAUGUGUGCCAGGUCAUAGAUAACAAACUCCCUUGCCCUCUUCCAAUUCAUGGCUGUGUCUCUGUGCGAAGAUUUGAUACGUGGGCAUAAGAGUGGAAGACCAUGUGCUUUACUGUCGCUAGAGGACACGAAUAAAUACUCACAGAUCUGACUCCACGAGAUGAAGGCUGAAGAAGAACUUUAUUAUUUACAAAGACCUCGCUUUUAUAGGUUUUGAAGAAUGUCUAGGAAUUGGAGAACAAGGUUACCACCUCUCCAUCCCAGUGGCCAGGUUAGAAGUCUAUCAGUUAACUCUCAUCAGAAAGGAAUGUUGAAAACAUGAUGUUUACAGUACAGGCUGUGGGAAAUUCAGUUACAAAGUCACAAAAGCUCACAUAAUAUAACAACACUUUACAGCUAAAGGUAGUUAGAUUGCAUCAACUUUGGCCUGUGACAUUUUAAAAAUUUUGUUCCUUUGUAAUUUUACCUUUUUUUUCCUACUCAACAAAUGAACUUGAAGCAAAAGCCAGUGAAAACUUUGUCUUACACAAAGGCUGUAGGUCAUUAUUGAAAAUGGUGAUUGGUAUUGUUAUGGUACAUAAACUCCUUAAGGUUGAAGCUCAAUAAAUGUCUGUUCUGACCUUUAA